AUGCUCGACAACAAGAACGAAGCCUACGAGCUUCAAAGGCCUGUCAGUGAGAAAGGAUAUGACAUGCAAUCAGACCAAGGGAUCAAGUCUGGGACCGCUCGAGAUGCCGCCGAUAUGAUGCGUUUGGGAAAGAAGCAGGAGUUUAGGAGAAACUUUCAUGCAUUUUCGAUGCUGGGGCUGUCUAGUGUUCUCUUGAUCAAUGGUGGUCUUGCUGGAUCCAUCUGGUCCUACAUCGCGACCUGGAUAUGCACCAUCUCUGUUACACUAUCUCUUGCUGAGAUGGCAAGCAUGGCGCCUACCUCAGGAGGUCAAUAUCACUGGACGAGUGAGUUUGCCCCUGCAAGUUGUCAGAAGUCUCUCAGCUACUUUGUCGGAUGGCUCUCUGCGCUGGGAUGGCAAGCAUCGAUUGCGCUUACAUCUUUUGCUGCUGGUAACAUCAUACUCGAACUCGCCUCUGCCAUGCACCCUACGUACACACCCGUGCUCUGGCAUGGCACGCUCAUGACGAUCUUGAUGGCAAUACUGGCUGUGAUGGUUAACACUCUGGGAGCAAAACGCCUUNNCCCUCUGCUCGAAGCUACCAUUUUGUUCCUGCACAUCUUUGGGUUCUUUGCUGUUUUGAUCCCACUCUGGGUCAUCGCUCCCAAGGUCUCAGCCAAAGAAGCGUUCACCUCGUUCUCUAAUACUGGUGGCUGGAGCAGUAUCGGAGCCGCGGUGGUAAUAGGUCAGCUCACUGCUGUUGGUUCUCUUGGAGAAGUCGCUAACGCGAGUUACGUGGUUCCUCGUGUCAUGGUUGCGACCGUCUUGCUGAACGGCGCAAUGGGUCUUGUCUCGAUCAUUACCUUUGUUCUCUGCAUCACCGACUACGACUCGAUGGUCGCAAACAACAUGGCAGUAUAUCCAUACAUCUCCAUCUUCCAGCAAGCAAUUGGUUCUGAUGUCGGUGCGACGCUCAUGGUAACACUAUUUGUCCUUCUCAACUUCUUCGCGGCGUUGAGUGUUGUCGCUGCUGGAUCACGUCAGAUAUUCUCNUUUGCUCGUGACAAAGGAAUGCCCUUCUCAGGAUGGUUUAGGCAGGUGAGUUACACUGUCCAGAGUUGUUGCGAGUCGAACACGCUGACAGUGAUANNGAUUGUUACCAUUGGCACGCCCAUCCCUCUCAACGCAAUCAUGUUCUCGCUCUCGAUCACUGUCGUCCUCGCACUCAUCAACCUCGGUUCGACCGCAGCUUUCAACUCGAUUGUUGGUCUACUAGCCGGCUCUGGAGGAUUCUCAUACUCCAUCAGUAUCGCGUGCGUGCUGUGGAGGAAGAUCUGCAAACGACCUCUGCCACAAGGACGCUUCUCUCUCGGUGCUGCUGGCAUCUUCAUCAAUGCCUUUGCUGUCUUGUACAUAAUACAGCAAGCUAUCAUCAGCUUCUUUCCCAUGUUUGCUGUCGUCACAAUUAAGACGAUGAACUACGGUUGCGUCAUGUUUGGUGGUGUGGCCAUUAUCUCGGUUGUGUAUUACAUCGUCAAGNNGGGGAGGCAUGUGUACAAAGGUCCGGUUGUUGAUGUUCGUCGUGGUUAG